CCGAACUCUCCCUCUCUCCCUCCCUCUCUCUCUCUCUCUCUCCCCACUAAGCUUUGAAACUGACAACACGCUCUUCUGUUCAUUUUCAUGUGUGAACUCACCGAAUUUUCACUCGUCUUCUCAACUUCUCAACUGUAUUUGCAUGCAUUUCUCAUUCUUCUUUCUCUCUCUAGCCCUGAUAUGGUGCUUUCCCCUGCCGUCCUUAUUAAUCAAGAUCUUUGGUGGGUUUCGAUCGAGCUUUGAGUGGAGCCGACAAAUUAAGUAGGUGAUUUGUUUUUCUCUGUGUAUGUUCUGGAACUUCUUGUUGGGUAGAUGAACAAACUCGGGCGGAGAUCACAAAGUCCAGUUUUGGGUUUUAUUUUUUUAAUUUAAUUUGAUCUUUCCGACCAAUUAAGUCGGAAUAGCGGCGUUUCUAUAAUUCUUGUGUUCCUUUUCCUUCUGGAUGGGAUUUGGAUUUAAAACGAGAAAAAACAAGAAAAUCUGAGAUUGGUGGUCGGAAAAUCUGAGUGUGAAAUUUCGGAUUAGACUAAAGAUUAACUGUGUAGGUGAGAAACCUACCAAUAAAGAUUGGAACAUUCAAUCUUCUCACCUGUACCAGAUGGAAAUAACAACCCAUCUCUAGUUUUAAACUGCUUAGAGGUUUAUUAUUUCCAAAUAGGGUUCUGCUGACUAGAAGUAAGAGUUUUGGUAUUGGGGGUUGCAAGAUCUGUAUAAAAUAAGAGGUGGGUUGGUUUCAGGGUGUGCUGAACUUGACAGAAUUCUUUGUGGGUGGUGAUUUGUUGACGAAUUUGUGCUGAUUUUAUUGAGAAAAGGAUGGUUGCCGGAACAGUUGAGGUGAUGAAUCAUAGUAUAUUUUUAAAUGGAAUACCAAAUGGUUUGGAGGAAAAGCUUGAUGAGUUUCGGCAAGUUCUUGGUAAGGCUGAAGGUGAUUUGUUGAAGAUUGUUGGUGUUGGAGCUGGUGCUUGGGGUAGUGUUUUCGCAGCUUUGCUUCAAGAUAGCUAUGGCCAAUUUCGAGAUAAGAUUCAAAUCAGAAUAUGGAGAAGGCCUGGCCGGGCUGUUGACAGAGCCACAGCAGAACACCUCUUUGAAGUGAUCAAUGCAAGGGAAAAUGUACUCAGAAGGUUGAUCUGGCGGUGUGCAUAUUUGAAGUAUGUUGAAGCGAGAUUGGGGGACCGUACACUCUAUGCGGAUGAGAUAUUGAAGGAUGGAUUUUGCUUGAACAUGAUUGAUACACCUCUUUGUCCUUUGAAGGUUGUGACUAACUUGCAGGAGGCAGUUUGGGAUGCUGAUAUCGUGGUGAAUGGCUUGCCUUCAACAGAAACACGUGAAGUGUUCGAGGAGAUCAGUAGGUACUGGAAAGAGAGACUUACAAUGCCAAUUAUUAUCUCUUUGGCAAAGGGUAUAGAGGCUGCACUUGAACCCGUUCCUCAUAUUAUUACACCCACACAAAUGAUUAAUCGAGCAACUGGGGUACCUAUAGAAAACAUCCUUUAUCUUGGUGGACCAAAUAUUGCUUCAGAGAUUUACAACAAAGAAUAUGCAAAUGCUCGAAUUUGUGGUGCUGAGAAGUGGAGGAUACCACUAGCAAAGUUCCUAAGGCAACCCCAUUUCAUUGUUUGGGACAAUAGUGAUCUUGUCACUCAUGAAGUUAUGGGAGGAUUGAAGAAUGUCUAUGCUAUUGGUGCUGGAAUGGUAGCAGCCCUAACAAAUGAAAGUGCCACUAGCAAAUCUGUGUAUUUUGCACAUUGUACAUCGGAGAUGAUAUUUAUAACCCAUUUGUUGACUAAAGAACCUGAGAAGCUUGCUGGCCCUCUGCUGGCUGACACUUAUGUAACCCUGUUAAAGGGUCGUAAUGCAUGGUAUGGUCAAAUGAUUGCCAAAGGGGAACUGAGCCUUGAUGUCGGUGAUAGCAUUAUUGGCAAGGGAAUGAUCCAGGGAGUGUCUGCAGUAGAAGCCUUUUAUGAGCUUCUGAGUCAAUCAAGCUUAAGUGUACUCCAUCCCGGAGAAAAAAGGGCUGUUGCUCCGGUUGAGCUAUGUCCCAUCCUCAAGACGCUGUACAAAAUACUGAUCAGGAGGGAACAAAAGGCACAAGCAAUUCUUCAAGCAUUGAGGGAUGAAACCUUGAAUGAUCCCAGAGAUCGCAUUGAGAUUGCACAAACCCAUGCUUUCUUCAGGCCUUCCCUUCUUGGCCAGCCUUGAAAAAGAGUUACAUAAUUGGGGUAAUCCAAAGACUAAAUUUGCCCAUGUAAAUGCACGUUUUGAAGGAUUUGAACAAGUUACAGGCAUACACUCCACUGGCUCUGUAAUGCAUCAUCACUUCAUUUGUUGUCUCAAUUUGAAUGUUUAGAGGAAUCCACCCCAUUGGCUCUCUAAUGCAUAUCAUUUGUUGUCUCAAUUUUUGAAUGUUUAAGGUUGAAAUAAGGGUAAGAUAAUAUACAAAAAUGAUUCUCUCUCGGUACUAGUAAAGCGAGGAGUUUUGUAUACUAAGAACACCUUUGUAUUUGAACAUAAUUAAACGAUUAUAAUAAUGAAAAACUUUUAAACCUA